UUCUUACAAGUGGAGCUGGUGAUCGAACGAACAGUCAUAAAUGUUGUCUGCUAGAAUGCGUUUCGUGCAAUAUUUGCGUAAGGGUGAUCUCGCCAAGCGCCUCGGUCUUUUGACCGACGAUCACAAGUCUGUGGUUGAGCUAAGCGGCGUCGAAGGCGUGCCCUGUGAUCUCAAGAAUUUGAUUGCGCAAAACCCGAAUCUGGCCGAGCUCGCCAAAAAGGCUGAAAAACAGCCGAAACUUCCACUGAACGAUGACGUCACGUUACUGCCUCCAUUGAGCGAUCCAGGCAAAAUCAUUUGCAUUGGCCUCAAUUAUCAAGACCACUGCGACGAGCAGAACAAGCCGGCCCCCAAGUCGCCGAUGUUCUUCAGCAAAUACAACAAUACGUUGGUGGGGCCAACUGAUGAUGUGAUAGCGCACGAAGUGACAAAUAAAAUUGACUGGGAAGUGGAACUAGUGGUCGUCAUUGGCAAGGUCGCCCGCCUAGUGCCCAAGGAGGAAGCGUUCGACUAUGUGUUUGGCUACACCAUCGCCCAAGACAUCUCGGCUCGGGACUGGCAAAAGGAGCGCAAUGGGGGCCAAUUUCUAUUGGGCAAAUCUAUGGACACCUUCUGUCCCCUUGGCCCUGCCGUGGUGCAUAAGAGCUUAAUUAAGGAUGUGUACGAUUUGCCAUUGAAGACGUGGAUCAAUGGCGUCGAGAAGCAAAAUGGCAAUACUGGCGAUAUGAUCCACAAAAUAGAUGAUGUCAUCAACAGACUAACUCAGUCCAUUACACUGCUGCCGGGCGACAUCAUUUUGACAGGCACACCAAAAGGUGUGGGCAUGUAUCGCAGCCCACCCGAGUAUCUGAAAGCUGGAGAUGUCAUCAAGACAGAAAUCGUUGGACUGGGCACGAUGACCAACCAAGUGGUGGCUCCAUGCAAGCCAAAUUAAUUGUUGUUAUUCAAUGUUAUGUAAAGUAAACAAAUGUUAAAAACAUGUUAUUAAAUCAUUUAGCAACUACA